GUUAGGUAAAUACUACUAAGGUGCCGGACCGUGUAUUCUACCGUCAUCUGAAAGUUAUACGUUUUCUAACGUUUUAACUCCCAUUCAAGCCCAUUCGUUGCUUCGAAUUUGGACCCUCUACUCAAGUGACACACAAACCGCAAAAAUGCCUGUCACAAAGAAUAACAAGAUGAUGCAGCACAUCAACUACAGAGUGCGCGUCAUCUUACAAGAUUCCAGAAUGUUCAUUGGCACAUUUAAAGCCUUUGAUAAACAUAUGAAUUUAAUUUUGGCCGACUGUGAAGAAUUUCGUAGACUGAAAAGUAAAGCAAAAGUACCUACAAUACCUGCUGAACCAAGAGAAGAAAAGCGUGUACUCGGUUUUGUAUUAUUACGUGGACAAAAUAUAGUAUCUAUAACUAUAGAAGGACCUCCUCCACCAGAGGAAGGUCUUCCAAGAGUGCCAUUACCCGGUGGUGGUGGUGGUCCAGGAUCUAGCCGUGCUGCUGGACGAGGGAUGCCUUCUGUCAUACCAUCAGCAGCUACACCUGGUUUACAAGGACCAGUGAGAGGUGUUGGAGGUCCUUCACCAGCUGCAAUGGCACCAACUAGAGGUGCUCCUGCUCAACCACCAAUAAGAGGUCCACCAAUGAUGGCUCCUCCACCAGGCAUGAUGGCUGGUAUGCCACCAAUGCCAGGUAUGGGUCGAGGCGGACCACCACCUAUGCCAACUAAUAACAUGCGUGGUCCUCCGCCUAUGAUGAGAGGUCCUCCAGCUGGUCCAAGAGGAUAUUAGUGUGUAAUACUAAUGUUAUAUACUGAAGAUUUGAUAUGACUAAAUAAAUAAUCAUUGCGUUAUAUUCAAUAAUUGUAUUACCAAUUUCAUAAACUGAAGUUCAAUCACACAUUUUAUUUAAUAUUGUAAUGUAAAUUCUUUUAAAUUAAUAACUUUCAAUGAAAACAUAAUAUGAUUUUAUGUUAAAUUGAACAGGUAAAUCUACAAAACAAUCAAUAUCUAUUGAUUAUUUAUUUUGGUUCAAUUUUGUUGGUUUUUUUUUUUAGUAUAUGGGCUUUAUUUGAAAGUUAUUUUUCUGUGUAUUGCAUGUAUAAUUUUAAAAACUUAAACUACUUUCCAUACAUCAUACCUAUUAGCAAGUAUUAAUCUACUUGUUCAUAAUCAUGUACAUAAGUUAGCAUAAAUUUCCACAAAUUGUGAUGUAAUAUUAUUUUUAAGAUAUAAUUUUAUCAUCUAUAAACUGCCUUUAAAAAGUUAAUCGGACAUAUUUCAGCAACUUGAAAAAAAUAUUAUUAGUACAUGUAGGAUUAAAAUGUCUGUAAUUGUUUUAAUAUAUC